AUAGGGCCCCUGCCUGGAUGUGGCCUAUGGAUUACAAAUCUCGGUAAUCUUUGCCCAGGUUCUAAGUUCUAACACAUCUGAUUAAUCCAAAUAAAUAUUUUUUAUGUCACUGUAACACACAGUCUCUACCAUUUAAUCAACCUUUGCCUCUAAGCACAAUUUUUGACUUUAAUCCGCUUACUUGAUUGAUCAAGAACCGAUGACACAUUUCCUUAUCAUAACUUCAACUGUGGCAAGUGUCAAAUGUAAUUUUAAUUUUUUUUGUCUAUAAAAAAUUCUCCCUCAUAACGGUGUCCAAAAUCAUCUGCGAAAUCAUCUGAAAUGUUAAUGAAAUGAAAAUGAUGCGCUCACUCAGUUUUCACCUUUUAACAGAACCGAAAUUUGGCAGGUCUAAGCGAAUCAAAAUUUGGGCGAAUGGCGACAGUCAAUGUUAUGAAUUCAAUAUCAAUCCUAGGAAUUAUCGCAGUUGGACUGCGGUGCUUUUGGACGUUACGAAUGUCAUAAAACCAAAUUUUGGGGCAGUUAGAAAAUUAUUAGCUCUAAGUAAGAUGCAGGUUAUAGAUUGUUUUGAAGAUUUGAACCCCGAUGAGAAAUACGUCGCUCUUGGAACAAACUGCAAAUUCAAACAGCCUCCUGGAGGGUACAAAACCACUGCCGAAAAGGAGGUAGUCCUAAAGAAAAAAGGUACGAAAAAGCUGUACACUGGCGAUAUGAACACGAAGGCGGAACCUUUUCUCAUGGAGACGAAGCGAAAAAAUCUAACCAUAGUUUACAUGGUGGUGAAUGGAAGAACUAAUCAAAUUCCCGAAAAAGUUGUAUUCAAUGAGGCUGAUAUGAAAAAAUGGGACAUCAUACAUAAAUAUUUGACUAAUGUACUAGAUAUACCGGAAGGAAUUAGUAAAAUUUGCACUAUAUUCGGGCAAGUGUUGAGGAAGCCCAGCGAAUUCCAACACGGGUAUUUGUACGUAGCUGUACCUUUCCAAGAAUCAUUCGUUUUGAUGAAUUACGCCGAUUGUCUAAGGGGUGCAAAUAAACACAGAAGCAGCUAUACAAUGUCAAUACGACCAGCUUCUACUGUAGGUACCAAAACUGCUACUUCAUCGAAACCGGGAGAUGGAAAAGAUGUCAACAACAAAACCGGGAGCUCAGUGAUAUCUGAACCUCCUCAACUUGGUAAAAAGGACUCGUUCUCGAAAAUUGGUUUCGUUUAAUCGAACUGGUUAUUUAUUUAUUUUAUCACAGAUACGAUAAAUUGUAAGAUAUGAUGUGAUAUUUGCAUUAUGAGAAAAUUAAGACUUU